UAACUACACCACCCUCAAAUCCCCUUAUAUAUACAUGUAUGUAUCUAUAGUCACACAAAUUGUCUCUCCCCUCUUAAAUCAUCCCUUACAGUAAAAUGGAGAGGCAGAACAAGGUGGCGAUGAUCAACGGUGGGCGUAGGGAUAUGGCGGUGAGGGUGUUAGCGUUGGUGCUAACUCUGGCGGCAGCCGUUGUUGUCGGAGUGAAUAAGCAGUCAACAACCGUACCCAUCACAAUUGUUGCCUCGCUGCCGCCGGUUUACUUGCCGGUCACUGCUAAAUGGCUUCACAUGUCUGCUUUUGUGUAUUUUGUGAUUGCAAAUGUAAUAGCAUGCUCUUAUACGGCAAUCUCUUUGAUCCUAACAUCAUUAGCAACUAAAGGUGGAAUAAAGAAGGUAUCGAUAAUGGUAACCAUUUUAGAUCUAAUGGUGGUUGCGCUCCUCUUCUCAGCAAUUGGCGCUAGCAGUGCUGUUGGUCUUAUUGGCUACCGAGGCAACUCACAUGUACGAUGGGAGAAGGUGUGCAAUACGUUUGAUAAGUUUUGCCACCAAGUCAUGGCGGCAAUGGCCUUGUCUUUCGUCGCCUGCUUGGCCUAUCUUUUACUCGUCGUGUUAGCUAUUUUCAAUGUUUACAAGAAGCUUUAGAAAAGUGA